AAGUAGAGGGUCUGCCUCAGGUCUACUAUUUUGGGCCCUGUGGGAAAUACAAUGCCAUGGUUCUAGAGCUGCUCGGCCCUAGUCUUGAGGAUCUCUUUGACCUGUGUGACCGAACAUUCUCCCUCAAGACCGUCCUGAUGAUCGCCAUUCAGCUGAUAUCCCGCAUGGAGUAUGUGCAUUCUAAAAACCUCAUCUAUAGAGACGUGAAGCCAGAGAACUUCCUCAUCGGUCGACAAGGAAACAAGAAGGAGCACAUCAUUCACAUCAUAGACUUUGGCCUUGCGAAAAAGAAUACAUUGACCCAGGAAACCAAAAAACACAUUCCUUACCGGGAGCACAAGAGCCUUACCGGCACAGCUCGAUACAUGUCUAUUAAUACACACUUAGGGAAAGAGCAAAGUCGGAGGGAUGACCUUGAGGCCUUGGGUCACAUGUUCAUGUAUUUCCUCCGGGGUAGUCUCCCUUGGCAGGGACUAAAAGCUGACACACUGAAGGAACGCUACCAGAAGAUUGGGGACACAAAGCGAAACACUCCCAUUGAGGUUCUCUGUGAGAACUUUCCUGAGGAGAUGGCCACCUAUCUACGCUAUGUCCGGCGGUUGGAUUUCUUUGAGAAGCCAGAUUAUGAAUACUUGCGGACCUUGUUUACGGAGUUGUUUGAACGAAAAGGAUAUACCUUUGAUUACUCGUAUGACUGGGUUGGCAGACAGAUUCCCACACCGGUGGGGUCGGUCCACGUGGACUCAGGGGCAUCUGCCAUCACACGUGAGAGCCACGCACACAGAGACAGACCUUCCCAGCACCAGCCCUUAAGGAAUCAGACGGCCAUCUCCGACCGCAGAGGAGCUUGGGAGGUGCAGCCCAACCGCCAGACAAACUCCUACCUGACCUCGCACCUGGCAGCGGACAGGCACGGAGGCUCAGUGCAGGUGGUGAGCUCCACUAAUGGUGAACUGAAUGCAGACGACCCGCUGGCGGCCCACUCAAACGCACCAAUCACAGCGCAGGCAGAAGUGGAGGUGGUGGAUGAGGCCAACUGCGUGAAAAUGCUCAACCUGUGGUGCUGCUGUUUCUUCAAGAGGAAGAGGAAGAAGAACACUCAACGGCACAAAUGAACCUCCGGCCUCUCCGCACAGUCCAUUCCUUUGGUUGUUUUUAGAGCGUUCAAAUAAAGAAAUUUUACAAGACAACAACAGCGAGCCCUCCAAAUGAGUUGGGGACCGAUGUAUGAAAACAAAGAGGCAUGCACACGUUGUCUCUGUGGGGAUUGUCUUUGUUUCAUUUCGUUUGUUUUCUUCCACAUCUUAAUUUAGGCAGCGACGGGCCUCAUCCUCGGACUGUCUCUAGGAUCUCAAAGCACUGGAACAGCACCGCACUUCCUUUGCUGUUUUGCUUCUUUUUUCAUUCCUCUCGUCCUCGGCGGUGGACGUGCCGGGGAGG